GAGACUUCGAUUACAAAAAAAAUGAGACAAUUGAUAAAGUAGCUCAUGAUCAACUUUUGAAAGAAAAAGAGUUUUGGAGGCAAUUGUUGUUUAGGGUGAUUGCAACUGUGAAAUAUCUUGCUAAGCAUAAUUUGGCCUUUCGUGGAACGAAUGAGCGGCUCCAUCAGAAUCAUAAUGGGAAUUUUUUAGGAUUAAUUGAGAUGCUGGGUGAAUUUGAUCCUGUUAUUCAAGAGCUUAUUCGUCGCGUCGACAAUAAGGAUACUCAUCAUCAUUAUCUUAGUCACAAGAUUCAAAAUGAAUUGAUAGAGAUGCUUGCUUCAGGAGUAAAAUCUAAGAUCAUUAAAACAAUCAAAGAAUCUAAAUAUUUUUCUGUCAUACUUGAUUGUACUCCUGAUUCGAGUCACCAAGAACAAAUGACUUUGAUAUUAAGAUGUGUUGAUAUCUCCUCUUAUCCGAUUAAAAUAGAAGAAUUUUUCUUGGAAUUCUUGGUUGUGAAUGACACGACAGGACUUGGCCUUUUUGAAGUGUUGCAAAGUGUGUUAAAGUCUCUUGAUCUUGAUAUUGAUAAUGUUAGAGGACAAGGAUAUGAUAAUGGAUCAAACAUGAGAGGUACGCAUCAAGGUGUGCAAAAAAGACUCUUGGAUGUAAAUCCUAGGGCAUUCUAUACUCCUUGCGGUAGUCAUAGCCUUAAUUUGACCUUGUGUGACAUUGCUAAUUGUUCUCGAAAAGCAAGAGAUUUUUUUGGAGUAGUGCAACGAAUCUACACACUCUUUGCUAAUUCUACAAAAAGAUGGCAAAUUUUAAAAAACAAUGUCCAAGGAUUGACUCUAAAAUCCUUAUCAACCACUCGGUGGGAAAGUCGUGUGGAAAGUAUCAAAGCAAUAAGAUUUCAAAUAAGUGACAUUCGAGAAGCAUUGCUAGAAUUGGCCGAGACAGACAAUGAUUCUAAAAUACAAAGUGAAGCUAGAUCCUUAGCUACAAAUGAUCUUUGUAAUUUUGAAUUUUUGCUUGCUACAGUUAUUUGGUAUGAAAUAUUAUAUGCUGUUAAUUUGGUGAGCAAAAAUCUACAAGCAAAAGAUAUGCUUCUUGAUGUUGCUAUUGUUGAAGUCAAAGGGCUAAUUUCUUUUUUUGAGAAGUAUAGAGAAACUGGUUUUUCUAGUGCUAUGCAUGUGGCUAAAGAAAUAGCCAGUGAAUUGGAAGUUGAACCAGUGUUUCCUCAGAAGCGUGUAAUUCGCAGAAAAAAACAAUUUGAUGAGAGUGUUGGUGAAUCUUCUGUAUCAUCCACAUCAACACCAGAAGAGCUGUUCAGAGUGGAAUACUUUGUCUACAUAGUUGAUCAAUCUAUUGGCUCAUUGACACGGAGAUUUGGAGUCAUCUUGCACUCAUUUACAAACAGUACUGCAGAGGGAUGGGCAAUGCAGCGAUGUUGAUGGCCACGAUUUGUAUAUUGAGCUGAAGUUGCUUAGAGAGAUUUUGCCAAAGGAAAAGAUAGGGGC